UUUAGCCCUCCUUUCCUACGAGUAAUAAAUCCACAACAAAAGAAUUCCUACUCACAUCAUAUCUAGAGUAAAGAAAGGUUUAUGAAAAUGGGGCAUGACAUCCUCUCUGAAGUUUACAAUGCCGCGAAAAGCCAGAAACAGCAAUCAUUGAUAGUGCUCUCCGACUUCUGCCGAGCAGGCCUAGCCACGGCACCACUCGACGAACGCCGCAACACCGUCCUCCAUUUCAUCGCCAUCUACGGCAACGCGGUCGCCAUUAAAAAGCUACUCCGAGAAGGCCUACUGACCAUUGAUGAGCUCAAGAAAGGCAAUGCCAAUGGCGAGACCACGCUGCAUGAGGCAGUGAGGUACGGACGGAUGGAGGUUGUGCAACCAUUGAUUGAGAAGGAAACAAGUCUGAUAUUCGAACGAAACAAGUCAGGAGAGACGCCUCUGUACCUUGCGGCCGCGCAUGGAAAUAGUGAGAUUUUCUAUUUUCUGUGCGAAAAGUUCCCUAGAGAAUUCGUUAUGUCAAGGAGAGGACAAGAUGGCUACACUGUUCUUCAUGCUGCUGUCUUUGCUGAACAUUACGGUUUUGCUGUGCGCAUACUGGAAGCAUACCCUGAGCUCGCAAACACACGUGACCAAACCGGUGCGACAGCGUUGUGUCUCUUGGCCUCAAAACGAGCUUCCUUCAUAAGCGGGACACCGUAUAGCUUCAAAAAUGUUGGGAUCUGUCCCUUCGUUCCCUGGCAGCUUUGGUUGAUUUUCCAAUUUCUAUUAAUGCCAGGCAAGACUUUGAUGACGAGAGCUGACCGCGAUGUGGAGAAUCCAAGUGAUAUGGGGCCUUGUAUCUCCAAAUCAAUAUCAGCACGCUGGUGUUGGGUAUCCAACUUAGUCGCAGGAUACAGAAGGUUCGUCAGAGUGUUUCCUUGGCUUAGAGCACUUGAUGAUGUGAAGCAAAAGCACAUGUAUGCAUUAGAGUUGGGAAAAGGUCUUCUAGAAGAACAGAAAACAUGGAAUCAACCCUUUUAUUGGGAAGAUUUACUAGCUUCAGAAGUGAAAGUGAAUAAAGAACCUAACCCACUUGGAGAAGCCAUAAAACAUGGUAUCUUGGAGUUGGUGAAGAUAAUCCUGAAAAAAUUCCCAGAGGCAUCAAACAGCUUUGAUAAGAAUGGAAGGAACAUAAUACACAUGGCAGUGGAAUACAAACACAUACUCAUCUAUGAGCACUUGAAGAAGCAUGUUGAUCACAAGGAAAAGAUGUACGAUGUUGAUUCUGAUGGGAACACCAUUUUGCAUGUUGCAGCCACCUCAGAAAAUGUUCCUAAAUUUCUUGUUGGCCAAGUCUUGUCCAUGGCAUGGGAUCUCUUCUGGUUUAAGGUACUAAUUAUAGCUCUUCAGGCAAUAAUAUCUAACCUUGUAUCUUAGCUAGCUAUAAGUUUAAUGCCAAAC